UUACCAUUGAAGAUUAAUGUAAUUUUAGAAACUAUAAAAGUUGGAUUAAAAUGUUGAGCCCAGAUAGCACAGAGAAUGGUGGCGACAACAUGUCAAGUAAUCCUAACCAAUCUGAACCUAAGAAUGACAACUGUGAACCCAGUCCGACCCUUCCACUUUAUCUAAAGGGGCAAGAAGAUCAGGAUCAAAUUCGAGAAAAUGAGGCAGAUUCAAACCUUCAUCUGGAACAUUUAAAUAAGUCCAACCUCUCUAAGUUUCCAGACUUCUCCGACCUGUUUCCAGAUUCCAGGAAACUCAACUUAACUGCGGAGUUAAAAGAAGCAGGUUCCAGCAAGCAGGAUAAAUGGGAGAAACCGAAUAAUUGCUCUAAGCUUUCAUCUGAAAAUCUUCACUUGAAACACAAUCUGAACCAAGGAAUCUUGAACGCUAAACAGGAAAACUUAAACCUGAACUUCAAAUCUGCACAAACUCCAAAUAUGAAACGUGAGAAUAGGAUUGCUAACUCAAACCUGAUUCUUGAGAACCAGUAUCUGGAGCUGUUGGGAGAACCUUUGAUGAAUCCAGAGUUUAAAGACCAGAGCUUCGACACCCUAGAUGCUUCAGAAACUGAAAGCACAAGAGGAUUUUCACCAGACCCGGAGGUUUCCUUGAACUAUUUAGCAGAAGCGAGACCCAUUGAAUCCUACAAUCUGGCUCAGAAUGCGGAGGUUCUACAAGAGUUCACUCUCUCUGUUCUUGAACCUUGUGAUGUUAAGAACCAACUGUUCCAAGUAAUACUUCCAGAACAUAUAUCUCUACAGGAUAUUCAGGCGGAGAUUCCAAUAAGAACCAAUUUUGAUGAAAAAUUGGUCGAACAGAACCAUGUUGUGAGUAGUUCAGAUAUUCGAGAUUCAUCUCCAGGUUCAUGUGAGGAAACAGAUACACCCUAUGUUUCUCCAAAGCGGUCAAAGAACACAGAGAAAGGUUCUAGCUCACAACAAUCCUUACCAAACAAGCAUUUCCUGGGUAAAAGGAAAUCCAACAGUGUUGACAUACCUCCGGAACUGGUUGCAAUAAACUCUGGACCGAGGUUGCGCGGGAAUCCUCGAGGACGACCUAGGAAGCAUUUGACAGCUCGGCCUCGAGGACGGGGUAAAGGUCGUACAACAGUGAGGAAUUCUGCAUCCGUCAUUCAUGAACCAAUCACUAGGGGAGGUUGUUCUCGAGGUUCCUCCAGGUUUUCCUCAACCCAACAUCUGGCCUCCAGGGAUCAGCAGACAUUCUUUCCCAAUCAUAGUUCAAGAGGAUCGGAGAAGAUUCCAUUUGCUCAGACUAAUGUAGGUUCAUCUCAUGUAUCUAACUUAAUGAAGUCUGAAGUCUCUAACAUGCCCUUCAAAAUUCAGUCCCAGGAGCCGAUCAAGGAGAAAUAUUUCCCCCAACAACAUGAACCAGUUGUUGGUAACCCACAGGGAUGGACAUGGGAUCAUAAUGCUCAACACUCUGCUCCAUACUCAGGAAGAUCUAUGGAGGGCCAGAGUAAUUUGUACCAGGAGAACAUGCACCACAUUCAGCAGGACCAAUUCAAGCAUUAUUAUGAACAUUUGUUUCAAGGACGACAAGGAUAUAUUAACCCCUGGGAUAUGAUGGGUGGGAGUGGUGGGAACUAUCAUGAGUUCUACAACUCUCUGAGAAUGUACCACAAUGCCUGGGCCCAGUACUUCUAUCAAAUGCAGGGUAUGGAGUAUCCGGGUUGGAGCAAUCCUUUCCACCAGUUUCAAGAUCCGAAUCCUGCACCAAGUUAUUACAACGCUAGCUCUGGUAUGGAAGGGCAAGUUUAUCCCAACUAUACUGAACCCUACGGGAACCAGCAUAUCCCUGCUACAGCCACUUCGGGGGAAUACUCUAGAGACCAGCAGAUAAACGACGAACAGGAUAUGGUUGAAGGUAGGGGAGGAUUGACUGCUAGCACCAACAAUUUCUCUGAUGGUGAAGUAGAAACUAUUCUAGGAUCAAGGGAACCGAUUAUUAUCAAGGAUCUUGAAAUGGCGGAAGAGCUGAUGAACUCUAGUGUUGAUGUUGUGGAUCAUGUUGAAGCCCCUCUUGACCAGGAGCAGGUUCCUUUCGUCUGAGUUCUCAGGGUACACAAGGACACAGAUACUAGAUAGGCGGAGUAUCAUUAGUUCCUGCUUUCUUAUUUAAAUAUUUGUCCAAUAUCACCAAUGAUGCUGAUAAGUUUUGUUUAUUUACAAAUAAUCUUUAGUAAAUAUAAUAAUCUGUCUGUUUUCAAUAUUUUAGAUGUCUUUUUUCGAAUCACGCUUUAAAACUUUAUAUGUCAAAAGUCGAUUUUAAUAUAUUUUUCGAAUCGUGCAUUUAGUACAUUCGCCAAUUACAAUAUUAUAACAACUUCUAUUCGAAUUUGUUACUUUCGGAAUAUAAUUUAAAAGCUUUGAUUUUUCUAGAAGAAAAUUUAGUUUGUGCAAUGUUCUUUGUAUCAUUGAUCAGUGUAUUUUGUAUUUAGUAAUAUUUUUUUGUUGAUCAUUAUUUUUAUGAACACUGGUGUCAGAACCGCUCACGAAGUAGGUUGAUAUGUUUGGUAAAAAAAGUGUGUGUGGAGGGGAGGGAUUCUUAAUUUUCAGCGAUUUUUUAAAUUCCUACCGGGGUUCCUUGCAUAUUUUCAAUAUCUAUCCGUUUCUUUUUCUUUUGGCUAGUCCGUUGAAUCUUGUGAUUAUUUCUUGUAUUAUGUGUAUUACUCAUAAUAUCUGUUUUCCAAACCAAACCAAACCAGACCUCACCGACACUGUACACUCCAGAGAUAAUUAUUAAAAUUGGUGUUUUUUCUUCCCUUUGUUAAAAUAUGUUCAAUUGAUCAACAGUAUGUAUGUAUGUAUAAGAUUCGUAAAAUCCUUUGUUUAAAUUGUUUCA